AAACAGAAAAGAUCCCUGUGAUGCGUGGACAGUGGUUUAUCGAUGGCACGUGGCAACCUCUGGAAGAGGAGGAAAGCAACCUGAUAGAGCAGGAGCACCUCAGCCGCUUCAGAGGCCAGCAGCUGCAGGAGAGCUUUGAUAUGGAAAUAUCAAAACCUGUGGACGGGAAGGAGGUUCUCUACUACCUCCCUCCCUUCUCCCUCCCUUCUUUGUUCAAAUGGAGAGGAUAUAAGGAGAAUUCAGAUGCUGCAUGUCUUAAGCGAAAGCGUUCCCAAGCUAUUCAUAGUCUAAAGUUGAGUCGCAACCAUGUGGACUGGCACAGUGUGGAUGAAGUGUAUCUUUACAGUGAUGCCACAACAUCUAAAAUUGCAAGAACUGUUACACAAAAGUUGGGGUUUUCCAAAGCUUCAAGUAGUGGGACAAGGCUACAUAGAGGCUAUGUAGAAGAAGCUACGUUAGAAGACAAGCCACCACAAACUAGUCACAUUGUGUUUGUUGUGCAUGGUAUUGGGCAGAAAAUGGACCAAGGAAGAAUCAUCAAAAAUACAGCUAUGAUGCGAGAUACUGCAAGAAAAGUAGAAGAAAAGUAUUUUUCCAAUCUCGCAACGCACGUUGAAUUUCUUCCGGUCGAAUGGAGAUCAAAACUGACCCUGGAUGGAGACACUGUGGACUCCAUUACUCCAGAUAAAGUACGGGGUUUGAGGGAUAUGCUGAACAGCAGCGCGAUGGACAUCAUGUAUUACACAAGUCCUCUUUACAGAGACGAACUGGUCAAAGGGCUGCAGCAGGAGCUGAACCGGCUCUACACACUUUUCUGCUCCCGGAAUCCAGAGUUUGAGGAGAAAGGAGGGAAAGUCUCGAUUGUGUCCCACUCGCUGGGCUGCGUCAUCACCUACGACAUCAUGACUGGCUGGAACCCCGUCAGGCUUUACGAACAGUUGCUGCAGAAGGAGGAGGAGGAGCUUGAAGACCGUUGGAUGAGCUACGAGGAGCAGUGUUUACUUGAAGAACUUUACAUAACUAAGCAACGGUUGAAAGAGAUAGAAGAGAGGUUACAUGGCUUAAAGGCAUCCACCAUAUCAAAACCACCUGUCUUAAAAUUUAAGGUUGAGAAUUUCUUUUGUAUGGGAUCUCCAUUAGCAGUGUUUUUGGCAUUGCGUGGCAUCCGUCCAGGAAACAGUGGCAGUCAAGACCAUAUUCUGCCCCGAACCAUUUGUAACCGCUUACUAAAUAUUUUUCAUCCAACAGACCCAGUGGCCUACAGAUUAGAACCUUUAAUUCUGAAGCACUACAGCAACAUUUCGCCAGUCCAGAUCCACUGGUACAACACUGCAAACCCUCUACCUUACGAGCACAUGAAGCCAAGUUUUCUCAACCCAACAAAAGAACCUACCUCAGCUGCCGACAGCGAAAGCGUCUCCACUGUGCCGAGCCCAACCACGUCGCCGGUCAUGGUUCGACGCCACUACGGGGAGUCUAUAACAAAUAUAGGCAAAGCGAGUAUAUUAGGAGCGGCGAGCAUCGGGAAGGGCCUCGGCGGGAUGCUUUUCUCGAGAUUUGGCCGAUCCAGUGCAACCACCCCACAGACACUGGAGACGGGAAAAGAUGGAGCUGAGGGGGACGACAAGAAGGCCACAACUGUUGGGACACCCCCAUUCCCUCACAGCAGCUCGGGCUUUCUGGAGCCCACAGUGGAGCUGGAGCACAGGAUCGACUUUGAGCUCAGGGAAGGCCUGGUAGAGAGCAGAUACUGGUCCGCAGUCACGUCCCACACUGCCUAUUGGUCAUCUCUGGAUAUUGCUCUCUUCCUCCUCACCUUCAUGUACAAACAUGACCAAGAAGACACCGACAAAUCCAAUUUGGAUGCUAUUUGA